UUUGAUACCCUCAUGUCCCGAAGAUAUGAGAGUUUGUAAAUUUCAAACACAUACAGUACACGUACUCUUUCCGUUAUAACAUGUGAUCUGGUUUUAUCAACCCAUCUCCUACGUGCUUAUAUUGUCGUCAAUGUGGCUACUAAUAUGAUGUAUGACUAUUGUGGCUGGAAUGCUAGUUUUUAACAAUGUUUCUGAUGUGAUCUUGAACUUCUGAGCAGACCAUUUUCUUCUCAGCUGUUUUUGGGAGUUUUUCUUUUGUAUGAUUCAUUUGCUUGUUUAUUUUCAACAGGGUGUACUUAACGUGCCAAUGUGGUCAUCGGAAAUGCUCUUAUGGGGAUUCGUUCCUUGCUUACGAGUCCACAGGUUUCUCUAAUCAUCUUUGUUUCUUGUGCUACUUAGGUGAGGGAAAUCAUGUUCACAGGAUCAACACAGAACUUGGAAAAAAAUUGAUGGUCUUGUUCAGGUAGAGUCAUUAGUACAAGAUGCUGUUUUCAAGGUUUAUUUUUCCCUUAGCAUCCUUGUUAAGCAAGGCCGUUCAUAUUUUUAUAUUUGUAUGCAACUCAGCAAUAAACAAUUCUUGUAUUUACCCAAUUCAGGUAUACUAACAGCGGUAUAAGUUUAUGUAUUUGUUGUUGUCUUCUUAAAGGGAGCAAAAAUCUUUCUCGGCGGUAAAAGGCACAGUCUAGGGAUGACAUUAGAAACAUUUAAUUAAUGUUCCUUGCAUUUAUUUUAUCAGAACUAAUUAGCUUCUCUCAGGGAGGAGAUUUUCAAACCCGUAGCUCUCCUUAUUCGGGUCAAAAACUAAGUAGGACGCUGUCAGAAUCACUAUUGCAGGACUUGCUGCUUAUAUAUUCACAAAAGUAGUGUCCAACGAUCGUGGUAUUUCUCUGAAGUACUUGAAUACGUACUUGUAAGAGUGAACAAAAGACUCAAAUCAAAAGAGGCAAGACUAGAAAUAGAAGAAGCACAUCUUCCAAAUUAUAGCCAUACAUUUAAUUUCUUACAUGUUUUAGUCCCAGGGAGUGAAGCAGACUGGUCUUGGAAGCGAAGGAUCCAAGUAUGGUAUGGACGAAUACCUCUAGCUAGGUAACUCAGAACCCUUGUUUCUCUCAUAACAACAUAUGCUUCAUCUUAUCGAAUCAACUUGUUUUAGAGAGAUUGAAUUGAUUAUGAUAUUAGAAAUCUCACAUGAACAUGUAAAAAAGUGUGCAAGUUUAUAGAUAGUUUACAAAGUGUUCUUUAUAUUUGGCUCGUAAUGUUCAUUUGCUUUCAACUUGUUUAAGGUGAAUUUUUGUGUAGUAUUCGGCAGUUUUGCUUUGUAUAUACUAAAAAGAGAGCGGUCUUGUUCUUUGAUAACAAUUAUUAGAAAUUCCUACAAAACGAUUUUUCAUUAGUAUCUUAUUAUAUAAAAUACUUCUCAUGUGCCACAAAGUUUCAUUUCUGUUUAAAAGGUAUUCUAUAGUUUGUUCAAAAAAACAUUUUAACAGUUAAUCAAAGUUGAGAGAUUGAUUCUAAAAAUACUAAAAAAAUGGUCUAACUGCUAAAACUUUUAUUAUUUAGUAGAUAUUUUGCAUAUAAUAUGUUCAAUUUUUAUUGGGAUCGAAAUCUAUUUUGCAAAGAAUAACUAAAUACAUAGUCUUAGCCUUUUUAAAUAUUUACGGUCAUAUGAUUCAAAACUUCUUAGCUAUUCAAAAAAAGUUGAAUUAUGUUUCAAAAUAGAGUUAGAAUACAUGGUUCUGGGCCAAACUUAUGAUUUUUUUUCUUUUAUCGUUUUUUUAUUGUGGAAAAGAUAAGAAGGGCGGAAGGAAUAUAUUCAUUUCGAAGACAAAAUUCGAAAGCACCUUAAAAAGAUGCUUGAAGUUCAAGCAACCAUGGCAUCUAUUUUUUUUUUAACCGACUUCAUUGUAAAUUUGUGAUUAAUUAUUUUUGUUUUUAAGUUCUUAGUUUGCUUCAACAACAAUUAGCUAAUAGUGGAACAUUAACUUUACCUGGUUAUAAUAUAUGCAAAAAAAAAAAGUUAGCUUACAAGUAAAAGUUAGCUUGAAAUCAUUAUUAAGAACAUUAAUCAAGAAAAAUGAGAACUUAAAUGAUCUUUAAGGAAUUAACUAUGAAGAAUGUCUGCGUAUCUAAAAAUUUUAAAGGUUCAGAAAAUUCUAAUUAGUAUUGCAUUUAAAUGCAGGUGGCCAAGUUUAUACGGUUGGCAUCUCUCGCGGAGUUCUACUUUCAUUUUUGUUUUAAUAGUGUUGGCGCAAUAAGAAUCUAUCUUUAUUCACCAAAGAGGAGAGGAAUUGAUUCCAAUUCUCAUUCAAUUUGAACUUUGAACUUUGAUUUUUCUUUUCUUUGAUUUGCUUACAAAAAAAUAUUUAUUAAUGUAAAAGUUAACACCAUUUUCACAUUUUAUUUAGCCAGAUACUAUAGGAAUAAUUGAUUGUACAAAUAAUUUGAUUAAUCCCCAAUUCAAUAUUAUUGGCAAGAAAAACAUUGUUUCUUUGACCCCAAAUUUUUUGUUCCUGAUUAAAUCCAACUCCUUAAUGUCUGGAAAAUGCAUUACCAUGUAUAGCUAGCUGCACAAUCUUCAGUCCUACAAAAGCCAAAAAGAGUUUUAGCCCCAGCAAGCUUUAGCAAAAAAAAAUGGAGAAAAGAAGAAAACAUAUGGUAAAAAUAAAAUGAAGAAUGAAAGAGCUUUAAUAAGUAGAAGAAGAGGUCCCCAACAGUAACACUAUCUUUAAAACAUUGAUACAAAUUCUCCACAUACCCGCUUCCGUUUCCAUGUAACAUAGGACUUUAAUGUUUUGGUUCCAUAUUCUUAUGUUAUUUUCACGCUUUAAUUCCAUAUUCAUUCACUAAAUGCAUAUUGGGCUACACUGAACGUUUUCCUGUUUUCCCUUCAUACUUAAUACAAAACUAUAAUAUAUUUAAAUUUUCUGAUUUGAUGCAAAUUCUAUAGUUCUAGAUCAUAUGCUCUAUUUUGUGUGUGCAUAUCAUUCUCAGCUAUAUUCAUUGAUUUAUUCUUGUUCUAUGUAAUAUGCCAUGGGAGCUCCCACUCAUAUAUAUAUUAGGUUGACCAUUAUACAUAAAUCGAUAUAUAUAUUAAAAUAAUAUAUAUUUAAUAAUAGAUAUUAAAUACUUUAGAUUCAAUGUAAUUUUGGGAUAUUUCAAAACAUUUUAAUGUAUUACAUGCACCUUCCAUAAUACAUAACCUAUUUUAUAUGUAUACAGUAAGAACUCUAUAAUUUAAUAUUCAGUAAAUUAAUAAUACGAUAAAUUAAUAAAUUUUACCGAUUUCAAUCUAGAACCAGUAUAAAUAUGAUAAUUCGAUAAAAUAAUAAGAUAAUAUAUUUUUGAAAACUCUUAUGUAAAUAUAUGAUCAUAUUAAAAUCAUAAAUUAAUAACUAUUAUAUAUAUAAAUUUAUAUAAACAAACAAAAUACUAUAUUGUCUGUUUUUUAUUUUAAAAUAAAAUUCAUUUAUAGUUUUUCCUUAUAAUUUAAUAUUUUGAUGUUAUUUCAUAGAAUUACAUAUAAAACGCAUUUAAAUUUUAGGACAUAUAAUUUCAAUACUUCAAAUUUAUCAAAUAAUCUAAUAGAAAUAGAAAAAAAAAUCAAAUUUAUAAAAUUUAAUUAGUGUAUUAUAUCGCGAAAUCAAAAUUUAUUUUCUAAUUUUAAAAAUAAUAUAUAAAUAUAAAUCUAAAAAGGAAAUAUUUAUUAAACUAAUAACUUUAUAAACUAAUAAAUUAUCAUGAUCCCAAUAUUAUUAAUUUAUAGUUUUUUACUAUAUUUAGCUAAUUCGUAUAGGAUGCCCGAUGUUUAAACUUACCUUUUAAAAAAUAUAUAUAUAUGAAAUGGGUGUAAAGCUUUUUCUACUGUAGAAUUAAUUUUAUAAUUAAAACUUUCACAAUAUUUAAAGUAAUUUGAAACAUAAUUACUUCAUGUAUAUGGAUAAAUGUCCUUACAGACAUUUUAUUGUAAGUAAUUCAAAGGUAUCAAGCUGGGAGUAAUAAAAACAAUUGAAAAGAUAGCGACAGUGUCUUUUUACAAAGGUGCGUCUAUAAAACAAUAUUAAUAACAUAUUUAUAACCAAAUAUUAAUUUUAUUUUAGUCACAAACAAAAGAAAAUUUCAAAAAGACAAGAGCGAGAGAGAGCAAUAAAGCCGUCAGCUGAUCUCUUCGAAAACGCAUCGUAUUCUCUCUUACAUUUUUGCAUCACAUUCGUUUCUUUGAAUCUCUCUGCAAGAGAGAGAAAGAGAGUACUAGAGAGAGAGAAUGUUCCAUGCUAAGAAACCUUCAAGUAUGAAUGGUUCAUAUGAGAACAGAGCUAUGUGCGUUCAAGGCGAUUCAGGCCUCGUCCUCACCACCGAUCCUAAACCGCGUUUGCGUUGGACCGUCGAACUUCACGAUCGUUUCGUGGACGCCGUCGCUCAACUUGGCGGCCCUGACAAAGCCACUCCAAAGACGAUCAUGAGAGUUAUGGGUGUGAAGGGACUCACUCUUUACCACCUAAAGAGUCAUCUUCAGAAAUUCAGGCUUGGAAAGCAGCCGCACAAGGAGUAUGGAGAUCACUCAACAAAGGAAGGUUCAAGAGCUUCUGUCAUGGAUAUUCAGCGCAACGUAGCUUCUUCUUCUGGCAUGAUAAGUCGCAACAUGAAUGAGAUGCAAAUGGAAGUGCAGAGAAGGUUGCACGAGCAGCUAGAGGUGCAGAGACAUUUGCAGCUGAGGAUUGAAGCACAAGGAAAGUACAUGCAAUCUAUAUUGGAGAGAGCUUGCCAAACCUUAACCGGUGAGAACAUGGCAGCCGCCGCCGUCGUCGCGGGAGGAGGGUAUAAGGGCAAUUUGGAAAGUUCGAGUCUUUCCGCUGCUGUGGGUUCAUCCCCUCAUCCUCUUAGUUUCCCGCUGUUUCAGGACCUAAACAUCUAUGGAAACACAACCGAACAAGUCCUCGACCAUCAUAACUUCCAUCACCAGAAUAUUGAGAACCAUUACACGGGCAACAAUGCUGCAGACACAAAUAUUUACUUGGGAAAGAGGCGACCAAGCCCUAGUUUUGGUAACGAUGUAAGGAAAGAACUUUUAAUGUGGUCUGAUCAAGAUCAAGAUCUUUCCUUAAACCAACCGUUCGAUGAUGAGCAUCGAAUUCAGAUACAAAUGGCUACACAUAUCUCCACGGAUUUGGAUUCUCUAUCUGAAAAUAACCGUGGGAAGUUACUGGAAAGGCUAUCGCCUCGAAGAUCACCAUUGACUCCUAUGAUGAACCCUAAUGGUGGGUUAAUACAAGGAAUGAACUCACCAUUUGGGUGA